UCGCAUCAGGAGGAGGACCUGUCGGAUCCAGAUCUUCAGGACGAGGAGAGCGGCGAAGAGUUGCUUCAACAACCACUUCAGGCUAACACGCACUCCUCGUCGGAUAAUGCAUCCGCGCAGGCUGGUACACCUACUCCGUUGGCACACUUGAACAGCCUGAUGACCGUCGCGCACCAUCCGCACUUUCUGGCCAAAUUGAAAAUGGAGCAAGGGGAGUUGGACGCGUUGGCUGGUAAAAGCGGUCUGGAGGCAUUGCACGCGGCGAUGGGUAGCGGCGGUUUCAAUCUGCCGUUCACGUUCCCGCCGCCGGCGGCCUUUCUAACGCCGCCGAAUCACUCGCAGAACAUUCAGCCGCAGCCAGCGGCUGUCGGUACCGGAAGCGUCAGCGGCAACCAGGCGACGUCCUCGGCCAGCUCUCAUUCCAGCGAAUCGUCGCAGAGCAGCGGCAGAACCGGCGGCGGCGAGGCUCGCGAGGGCAGCAACCACUCGCAGCAGAGCAAUUCGACGGGGACGAAUCACCAGCAGCAGACCAGCUGGAGCUUCGAAGAGCAGUUCAAACAGGUGCGUCAGGCAAGUAAUCUACUUACAUCUAGCUACGUUUCGUAUGUGUAUAUCUGUGUACGUCUGUAUACCGUCCCUUUUUCGUCUUGUCUCGUCUCGUCUCGUUCGCGAAUUUCGUACGAUCCGACUCGCGGUAUUCCUUUCUCGAAUACAAAAGUGCAC